CCAUUGGUUCCUAACCUGUAUUUUAUAUCUCAUAUCUCUAUCGUUACAAGAACUCUCUCUACUUUUUGAUCUCAGCCGCAUGUCUCACACUCUCACUCCUUAACUCAAAAAUUUAACACAUUGGUGGAGCGCACACGCUCAUAACUCAGACCUCAGCUUCAUGUCUCUCUCUAAUAUAUUCCUCAUCACUCUCUCUCGCGGCUGCCGGCCGUAGAUCGGCGACCCAUAGCCACCGGCGACUUAUUGUGGAUGUCAAGUGGAGAUUUUUAACAAAUUCUCUAUUGCAACCUUAAUGAACUCAACAAUCAAGUCUGCAGUGGAUUCCAAUUGAUAGCUUGGCUCUCGUCUUCUUUUGGAAGGCAGCAAUAUGAGUCACCUUGGUUUUUCACUCUUUCACAUCUCUAUCAAAAGGACUGGAGCUACCGCAGCCAGAUGGACUGGUUCUGGUUUAAGAAACAUUUCUGGUGCGUUGUCUUUAAGGUGUUGUUUAUCUUGUCCUAGCUCUGCAGAAUUAAACCCUACUCCAUUUCAACUUCUUGGGCCUCCAGAAAUCCCUCAUUCAACAGUUACUGUGAUUCCAAGUAAAGGCCUUUUCUUUGAUGAAAACAAAUUUCGGCUGACACCUGUCGGUGUAGAAAAAAAUCCUUGCGUUCAAUUUUAUGCAAACUGCAUAUACAAGAAAUCAUUAGAUGAUCUGCUGCACUCUUUGGAGAUGUCUUGGUACCACUGUCAGCAUACUACUCUCAAACUUAUUUGCCUCUUGAGGAGCACUAAUUAUUUUAGAAACCAAAGAAGAGAGGAGUUCUUUGUGGCAGCUAUGUGGCUCCACCAAUACCACCCUAAAACGUUAGCAUGCAAUUUGAAAACAUUUGCCAAAGUUGGGUGCUUGAAAGACUUGCUGGAAAUCCUCUGUCGGAUUGUCAAUAGUGGCACCCCGAUACUUCAAGGCCAUGCUGACUUCAGGGACAGGGUAGAACUUAAAAGGAUCAACCUAAUUUUGGGUAGGAGAAUUAAAAAACUUGCACAGAGAACUAACAAAACUAUGACAUGCAAAGGACGGAUAAAGCAAUUUAUGAGAAGGAAAAUACUUACAAGGAGAAAGCAAAAUAUGAAGGCUGUGAAGGAUUGGACAAAGACUAAGAAAGAAAAGGCAUCAUAUUUGAGAAUGGAGAACAGAAAAAUGAUGGUAAAAAAGGCCUUUGAGAAGAGAAUGAAGGCUGUGAAGGAUAAGAUGAAUGCUAAGAAAGAGAAGGCUACAAAGAGAAAGGAGAAAAGAAAUAUGAUGGCAAUAAAAGCCAUUGAGUGGUACAACUCUGAUCCAAAGUACCGCUUUUUGUAUGAUCGGAUUUCUGAUCUCUUUGCCGAGCUACUUAAGGCUGAUCUUGAGCACUUGAAUACUGGGCGGACAGAAAAAAUUAGUAUGGCCUCAAAAUGGUGCCCUUCUCUUUACUCUUCUUAUGAUUAUUCAACUUUAAUUUGUGGAAGUGUUGCCAGGAGGCUUUUCCCAUAUGAUUCUUGUCCUGAAUACAAAGGGAUCAAUGAAUCUCACUAUGUUUACAGGGUUCGGAAUCGAUUACAAAAAGAAGUUCUUGUCCCACUUCGGAAAGCCCUAGAGUUGCCAGAAAUUUACAUGAGUGCCAAUCAAUGGAACUUGCUUCAAUAUGAUCGAAUCUCAUCUGUUGCCUUGAAAACUUACAAGCGGGCAUUUAUAAACAUGACCGUGAAAGGUUUUUGCAGUACCUUCAGAAUGUGCAGUGCUCUGAACUGCCAAAAACCACUGCCAACAAUUUACUUCCACAUGAGAUAUUAAAUCUUCUUCAAUAUGUUAAUG